UCGUGCUCGCAGCUUCCCUUCUUUCAACCGUCAAUCCUGCUAACAGUCGGGUACCACCGGAGUACCCGGGGUUGUGGACUUAUUUUCCCCCGGGAAUCGGAAUUAGACACCAAGAAACUCUCCCAGAAGAUGUUCUUCUUUCUGCUGCCUGUCGUGGCCCUCCUGCUGAGCAGAGAAACGACGGUCUCCGGUAACAGUAACGACAAAUGGCUGAGCACCGUCUCCCAGUACAAGGACAGAUCCUGGAACCGAUUCAGAGAUGAAGCAGAGGAUGACUACUUCAAAAGCUGGGCUCCCGCCAAGUCUCUAGACCAAGAACAUGGAGCUGAUCCUGGUAGACAUGGAGACCCAGGAACCAAAGCUCACUCCAGCCAGGCUAAAAAGGCGGUACAAGACGGUUCAGAUGCCACCAAGGACCCCUGUCUGAAGGUGAGAUGCCCGCCUCACAAGGUGUGUGUUAGCCAUGACUACCAGACGGCAAUCUGCACCAAUCACAAACAGCCGACUCACAGUGUGAAACCCAGGAAAGGCAGUGCAGGACAUAAGCACAGAGUUGAAGCUGGUGCUCAUGGGAAAUGUAGGCUCUGCUCAUCACUUCAGUCAAGUCCUGUGUGUGGCUCUGAUGGGCACACUUACUCUUCCAAGUGUAAGUUGGAGUUUCAGAGCUGCCUGUCAGGGAAGCAGAUCUCCGUAAGAUGUGAUGGGCUUUGUCCUUGUUUGCCUGGCCAGGAGCUCAGCAAACCAUCACACAGGACUAGUAAGGCUGCAUGCACUGACACAGAGCUGCACAGCCUGGCUGCAAGACUCAAGGACUGGUUUGGCGUUCUCCACCUUGAUGCAAACAGGGACCUCAAAUCCCCUGACAGCCUCAACACCGCUGCUGGACAUUUCGACACAAGCAUCUUGCCCAUCUGUAAGGACUCGCUUGGUUGGAUGUUCAACAAGCUCGACAUGAAUUUUGACCUCCUGCUGGACCAAUCAGAGCUGAGUGCCAUUUACCUGGACAAGUAUGAGUUGUGCAUGAAGCCCCUCUUCAACUCCUGUGACUCUUUCAAGGAUGGCAAGCUGUCAAACAACGAGUGGUGUUACUGCUUCCAGAAGCCUGAAGGACUGCCGUGUCAAAGUGAGAAGAGCAGGAUCCAGAGUCCAGGUCGAAGGAAGGGCCUCAUAGGCUCUUAUAUUCCUCGUUGUACUGAAGAGGGCUACUUCAAACCAACCCAGUGUCACGGCAGCACUGGCCAGUGUUGGUGCGUGGACAAAUAUGGCAAUGAGAUCGCUGGCUCUAGGAAACAAGGCAACCCGAACUGCGACGAGGAACAGGAAACAUCGGGGGAUUUCGGCAGCGGUGGUGCUGUCAUUCUCCUUGACGACCAGGAGGAGGAGCCAUCGCAGAGCGGACGGAGCCGGCAGAAGAAGAGGCGGGGAAGAAUCCAUCCCCGAGGAGCCAUCGAGGACGACGAGGACGAAGAAGAUGACAAGGAUGACGAAAUGGGCUACGUUUGGUAGCUCUGCUCCAUUUCAAUCUGCCAUCAGCUGACCAGGAAACUCCCGUUAACUCAGCACAGAUCUGAAGCCAUUCCAGUCUCUCCUCCUCUUCAGCUGCAGUUCAUCCUUUGACUCCUGAACUCCUGUCCCUUAUCCAUAAAUCCUACUUCAGUGAGCCUCAUCUGACCUCUUAUUUUUCAAGUGUUUGGCUCUUUCUUCAGACAGAGAACAGAGGGACUAUUUGAUUUCAGCAACUGUUGAAGCCCUGUGAGAAUCUUAUCCAUUUCCUCCCUCAGUUUUUCCCUAAACCUGUGCUCUCUAAAUUCUCCAUCAUUCCCUCUAUCUCUCAUUCUCCCCCCCUCCUCCUUCUGUAUGUCCAAGUCAGAACCUCUUGUCUGUCUGUGAGCCCCGAUACAUUAGCUGGAUGUAAAUAUGUCCCCUCCAGGAACGCCUGCCUGUGGAUUACCUACUCUGUACUUCAAUCAGCGGUUCAUCCUCAUGUUCUGUGUUUUCCUCCGUCGGGCUCCUCCCAGUGUUCAAAAAUGCUCCCACACCAGGUUCCCAGGCUCUGAGAUGCUCUCCCCCACUCUCUCUCGCUCUGUUUCUCCAUGGAGGACUGUAAAUUACUUACCGUUGAUCUUGAAUGUCCCAGAAAGCCCAGGAAGCAAUGAGAUUAAUGAUGUAUUGUCGUUGUUGUUGCAUGUUUCUCAUCGUGUUUCUGUAAAAGAGAGAUUUACCUGGUAAAGUCUAGCUCUAUGCAUCUCAAACAGAAAGUGAUGCCUAUUUGGCUGCUACAAUACUUUGUUGCUAUGUUGAUGCUGUCUAGUGUCUUUUUUUGGUUUCUUCUCCCAACCUUAGGAGGUAGGAAAUUGCAUCACAGAGUGAUAGCAGUGUAGGAAAAGUGAACUGCAAUGCCUACAGUCCAGAUGUGCAGCAUCUCAGCUUUAGCUAAAGAAAAAGUAGGGCUGCUGAGGCUGUUUGACUGACUGUGCAAGGACACUUGAAGAAGAAGCUGCUCCUGAGCUGGGAGGACAUGUGAAGGUGAGCAGAGAGGAGGCUCCGUUCAGCUUCUCAACGUUGGAUAUGUUUAGUAAAAAGCUAAAAAUU